CUAGCUCCCUCCGGUUAGGCUGCUAGCUUCCUGCGGUUACGCUGCUAGCUUCCUCCGGUUAGGCUGCUAGCUUCCUCCGGUUAGGCUGCUAGCUUCCUCCGGUUAGGCUGCUAGCUUCCUGCGGCUAGGCUGCUAGCUCCCUCCGGUUAGGCUGCUAGCUUCCUGCGGUUAGGCUGCUAGCUCCCUCCGGUUAGGCUGCUAGCUUCCUCCGGUUAGGCUGCUAGCUUCCUGCGGCUAGGCUGCUAGCUCCCUCCGGUUAGGCUGCUAGCUUCCUGCGGUUAGGCUGCUAGCUCCCUCCGGUUAGGCUGCUAGCUUCUAACUUUAAAAUGUCUUCUCUCUCCCGGUCGACCUGGAGGAAGCUUCUACUCGGUCAGCAUUACAGCCGAGCUCCGCCGCAGAAAGCCGCCUUCAGUUCCUCCCAGUGCGGACAGCAGCCUCUGGGGAGGAGGAGGGUAGUGAUUACUGGGAUCGGACUGGUGUGUCCCCUUGGGACGGGAACUGCUCUGGUCUGGGACCGCCUCAUCAGGGGCCAGAGCGGGCUGGUGGCUCUGGACCCUGAGGAGUACAGAGGGGUCCCUUGUAAGGUGGCUGCCGUGGUGCCCAGAGGGUCUGAGGAGGGACACUUUAGCGAGGAGAGCUUCGCUCCCCGCGGGGAACUGAACAGCAUGUCCCCGGCUACCGUGAUGGCCCUAGGGGCCGCUCAGCUGGCUCUGGAGGACGCAGGCUGGAGCCCCCAAAGUCCAGAGGAGCACCUCAGCACCGGGGUGGCCGUGGGCAUGGGGAUGGUGUCCCUGGAGGAGAUCGCUCGCACCUCCGCCGCCUUCAGGGAGCGGGGCUACAGAGGGGUGAGCCCCUUCUUCGUUCCCCGCAUCCUGGUCAACAUGGCGGCGGGACACAUCAGCAUCAGACACGGCCUGAAGGGCCCCAACCACGCGGUGUCCACAGCCUGCACCACCGGGGCCCACGCCAUAGGGGACGCGGCGCGGUUCAUCGCGCACGGGGAUGCUGUUGCCAUGGUUACGGGUGGGACAGAGUCCUGCGUGAGUCCUCUGGCCGUAGCCGGCUUCGCCAGGGCGCGCGCGCUCUCCACCAGAUGGAACGAUGAGCCCCCCCUGGCCUCCAGACCCUUCCACCCGGACAGGGACGGCUUUGUGAUGGGGGAGGGGGCGGCGGUGGUCCUCCUGGAGGAGCUGGAGCACGCGCUGAGGAGGGAGGCCCGGAUCUACGCGGAGGUCCUGGGCUACGGCCUGUCGGGGGACGCCAGCCACAUCACUGCACCCACUGCGGACGGAGACGGAGCCUUCAGGUGCAUGGCUGCAGCCCUCAGAGACGCUGCGCUCUCUCCAGAUGAUGUCACUUACGUCAACGCCCACGCCACCUCCACGCCUUUAGGCGACGCUGCAGAAAACGCAGCCAUUAAGAGACUCUUCCAGCGCAGCGCCGACCGCCUGGCGGUUUCUUCUACCAAAGGAGCCACGGGACACCUGCUGGGCGCCGCCGGGGCUCUGGAGGCGGCCUUCACCGCUCUGGCCUGCUACCACGGGGUGCUGCCCCCAACCCUCAACCUGGACCGCACUGAGCCCGAGUUCAACCUAAACUACGUCCCCUGCAGAGCUCAAGCAUGGAGGACUGAGGGCCGGCGGGUGGCGCUCACUAACUCCUUCGGGUUUGGAGGCACCAACGCAUCGCUGUGUCUCAGCAGUUUCUCAGGCUAGAUGGAGUUUAGCUGCAUUUUCACCUUCUUUCAAUAAAAAACAGGUUUUCUAAAAGAACGACAGAAAGUCGGCCUCCUGGUCCACCUGCUGCUGGUUCUGGAUGAAAUCUGACUGGGAGGGACCCUAAGGUGGUCUGACAUCCAUGACAUGUUUUAAAUCACCAGAAAAGUUUAUGUAUGAAAUUUAAAGUUUAAUUUAUGAAUAAAGCAGGUUGUUUGCAAAACCAAGUAGAGAAGAGAAAUAUAAUUGAUUGUCUCCCAAUAAGGAAACUCAGGAGCAGCCCAGAGUAUGGCUUCACUCACCACCAAAAAUAUAAAUCUGAAUCCAUCAUCCAUCAGCACCGAGUCCAACCACAGAGAAAUUAAUUGUCUGGAUGAAACUAAUUAUUGUGAUUGGUUUUAUAUUCUUAAAUACCUUGGGGCCAUCAUGAAAAUGAGCGUAAAUUAAAUAAAACGAAUGAGUUUAUUUUUAAAAUGUAAGAAGUAGAAGGUGAAAUGUUGUCUAAAGAAUAAUUCCUCCGGUAAAGUAAAGCCAAUAUUUCUACUUCA